AUGGUAGACGUUGAGUUUGAGUGGUUCAACUACGACCCCGAAAUCGACUUCCACGGCGUCAAGUCGCUCCUGCGACAACUCUUCGACGUCGACGCCAACCUCUUCAACAUGUCCGCGCUGUCCGACCUCAUCCUGUCGCAGCCGACCAUUGGCUCGACCGUCAAGGUCGACGGCAAGGCGACCGACCCCUACGCCAUGAUCACCGCGCUCAACACGCACGAGACCCGCGACAAGGAGCCCAUGAAGGACAUCCUCCAAUACCUGGUCGAAAAGGCACAAACCAAUGAGGCGCUCGCUGCGGUUCCGGAGCUCAUCAAGGGAGGCAAGCACGUCGGCCUGGUCUUCUCGGAGCGGCUCAUCAACGUCCCAGCGGAGAUCAGCCCGCCCAUGUACUCGAUGCUCAUCGACGAGGUGGAAGCCGCCGUCGAGGACAAGGAGCCCUACGAGUUUACGCAUUACCUGAUCCUCUCCAAGACGUACCAGGAGGUCGAGUCGACCCUCGACGUGGAGGACAGGAAACGCAAAAAGGCCAAGGAAGAGUCGUCAACGUAUUACUUCCACCCCGAGGACGAGGUCCUCCAGAAACACGCCCUGGCGUACGGCAACUUCCCUUACACAAAGGAGAGCGAUGCCGUGGCAGACAGCAAGCGAGCGUUCCAGGAGAUGGGCAUCAAGGCAUUUGGGCACAUGAUUUUGAUCGAGGCGAGCAAAUUUGAAGGCGCGGUCAAGGCUAUUAACGAGUACCUAAGCCCAACCCAAUAA